AUGAGCGAGGUGUUUCCUCGAUGUGGCGCUUCGAAGCAUACUCUUCCACUGAGACGAUUGGAGGCCAUCGCGGUCCAUCUGGGAAGCCUCACCUUAAAGCUUGCGGCAGCAAUCAAGUAUAUGGACGACCCUGCCAGCGCGGAGGUGAUCGUGGCUACAUCGGCCGAUAUGCUCAUAACACCCAGUGGGGAGAUUCGGGAUCGCGACGAAUGUAUUCAGACAUAUGGACAGAUUACGCCCCAAGACUUCGUUGCUCAGAUCAGAACCCACCAAGCCACUCAGUCAGGAUGGACAUUUACCUUUGGAGAUGCGCUUGCUGAGGUCUCGUCGCUUGGUGGCUCAGCGACAAGCUUCAUAACCAUUCGCGCAAACAGUCCUAGCUUUGGGCAGCGUAACAAGUAUCGAGAGGCA